CCAUCAUCAUGCCUGAGUUGCCUGAAGUGGAAACGUCUCGUCUCUACGUGGAGGAGUUCUGUCUCGGCAGCACUAUCACCAAUGUCCAUGCGACGGAACAGGGAGGUGGACCGCGAGACGGCCAAUUCGACGAUAUCGUCAUUGGAGAGGACGUGACGGCGAAAAGCUUGAAGGACACUCUUGAGGGGCGCAAAAUUGUGGAACUCAGACGUCGCGGGAAGCAGAUGUGGUUCGUUCUGGACAAGGAGGGACUGCACCGCCUAGCAAGGGGACAAGUAGGCAGAGAGCAUGAACACUUGCGGGUGAAAUUGACCAAGGGAGACAGCCAAGAGUGCUUGGGGGUUGACAUCGAGAAGCUGUCGAACUACGUAGGGAAGUUUGGAUGGGGGGUUUGCAUCGCGAACAUGAUAGAAACAGCCAAGGUAAGGAAACAUGAGAGGAGGGCGAUGGAGGCGAAGAAGGGACCAAGCGGGGAAGGCGAGCAGGCAAGUCAGAAGAAGUCCGAGAAGAAGCGGAAGGCGAACGAUGGUGUGCGCAAAAUCUCCAAUAGGGAAAAGCGCAAGCUGAGAGUCGGGUCGUGGAACGUGUGCGGGUUCGCAAGGAGUGAGCGCAAGCGGUUGGAAAUAGUGGACCAAGUAGAACAAAGCGAUCUAGAUGUAGUGGGGAUCCAAGAGACGUGGGAAUUGAAGGAUGGGGACGUGGUAAGCAAACUAGGGAAAUACCGGUGGGUAGGGAAGGCAAGAAAGGGCUUAGACCCGAAGAAAAGGGGGGAGGGGGUAGUCGGAUUCCUGGUCAAGGAACACUUGUUUGACGUGGUGGAAGUAGUGGUGAAAACGGAGUUCGAGGAAAGCCUAUGGCUUAAGAUAUCUGGGGAGCGGGGCAUGCAAAACAUAAGAGUACGCCCUCCCCUCAUCUCCCGCCUGCAUCCGAUUGCCUCCAGGCCACCUCACCCCCUCUUUCAUUUCGGCAUGACGGGGGCAUUUACUGUGAAGGGAGAAAAGCGGCACAAGUUCGUCAAGUUUAAGGUUUCCGAAGAAUGGCCACCAAGGUUCGCAAAGCUCGAAUUACAGAUGUCGAACGGCGCCUGCCUGGCCUUGACCGACCCGCGACGGUUGUCGAGAGUUAAGCUUCGCGCGGAGCCGGAGGCCUCGCCACCCAUCAGCUUGCUCGGGCCCGACCCCCUGACGCACCCUCUGUCCCUCGAGACGUUCGCCGCUGCCCUCGCGAAGCCGACGGCGCCGAUCAAGGCAGUGCUUUUGGCGCAGGACCGGGUCGUGUCAGGGGUUGGAAACUGGGUGGCGGACGAGGUGUGCUUUCAGGCAUGCGUUCACCCCGGCGCCGCGUGCAACACCCUUGACCCAGAGCAGGUAGCCGCACUUCACUCGAGGCUUCUGUCCGUGUGCCGCGAGGCGUGCGAGGCUCGAGCAGACUACACGUCGUUCCCUAAGGAGUGGCUGUUCCACCACAGGCAAGGGAUGCAUCAUCCACGUUCACCCACCCGUACCCUGUUGUGGGGAAAGGGGAAAAAUUCGGAAGGUGCCCCUCGCGUGUCCUCCGGACACCCGAUUGUCUUCGACGUCGUCGGCGGGCGUACUACGGCCAUCGUGCCCGCUGUCCAAAAGAAGGGGCUGCUCCGCUCUCCUACUGCUGCCUCUGGCGGAGUCGGCGGUAGCAGCUCCGGCAGCGCCAGUGGAAAGAAACCUAAACCUACUGCUGCCAUGGCCAAGUCCAAGGCUCAUGCCCGUGGGGGUGGGGUUGGCGAGGGCAAUGCCAAAGCAGUGCGCCAAACGGGGGGAGGGGACGCUACCCCAAAAAAGGAAGAUCAGGAGGGGCUGGACAAGAGUAGCGUCAAGGACAAGAAGUCGGUCAAGGCCAGAACUGCUGCCAAGAAAACCGGCCGCGUGAGCACCAAAGCGAAGGACCUCGCACCUGUCGCCAAGGGAGGCGGCGCCAAGAAGAAGUCGGCUGCUGGGCCUGCUUUUACCGCCCCCGGCAGUAGUGCCAGGGGAGGCGGGCGGAAGAAGGCUACGCCGACGAUGCGAGCAGCUUCCGGUAAGGUGAAGACCGACCCUUCCGCACAGGUACUAACCCCGGCAGCGCGAGGAAUGAAAGCCAUGGCUGUGGCCGCGAAGGUGGCCGUGGCGCCGAAAAGAGGCAGAGCAGGAGGCGACGACGGCGGUGUUGGCAAAGCAGUUGGGGCAGCGUCGGCGAAAAGAGCGAAGACUGCGAAGGUGACCGUGAAGCCGGAACGAAUGCCUGCCACGGCGGUUGCAUCGCAGAGCAAUAGAACCACGACUGCAGAACGCGCUCCGAGCAGACGAAGCCCGAGGCUCUCCGGCUAGGCUCUCCGGCUUUAAGUUGGGUUGCCCAUGGUGAUGCUGAU